AUGGUGAUGAAAGAGGGUUAUGGGGGUGAUGGGGAUGAUGGGAUGAUGGAGAUGGAGAUGAUGAUGGGGGAUGAUGGGGAUGAAGGGGCUCAUGGAGAUGAUGAAGUUGAUGGAGAUGAUAUGGGGAUGAUGGGGAUGAUGAUGAUGAUGGGGAUGAUGGGGGUGAUGGGGAUAAAGGGGAUGAUGGGGAUGAUGGGGGGGGAUGAUGGGGAUGAUGGGGAUGAUGGGGUUGAUGGUGAUAAAGAGGGUUAUGGGGGUGAUGUGGAUGAUGGGGAUGAUGGGGAUGAUGGGGAUGAUGGGGAUGAUGGGGAUGAUGGGGAUGAUGGAGAUGAUGGAGAUGAUAGGGAUGAUGGGGAUGAUGGGGGUGAUGGGGAUGAAGGGGGUGAAGGAGAUGAUGGAGAUGAAGGGGUUGAUGGGGGUGAUGGGGAUGAUGGGGGUGAUGGAGAUGAUGGAGAUGAUGGAGAUGAUAGAGAUGAUGGGGAUGAAGGGGGUAAUGGGGAUGAUGGAGAUGAUGGGGAUGACGGAGUGAUGGGAAUGAUGGAUGAUGGUGAUGAUAGGCAUGAAUGGGGAGAUGGGGAUGAUGGAGAUUAUGGAGAUGAUGGGGAUGAUGGAGAUGAUGAAGAUGAUUGGGAUGAUGGGGGUGUAGGGAAGAUGGGGGUGAUGUGGAUGAUGGGGAUGAUGGAGGAGAUGUGGAUGAUUGGGGUGAUGGGGAUGAUGGGGUUGAUGAUGAGGGGAAUGAUGUGUCUGAUGAGGAUGAUGGAUGAUGGAGAUGAUGGAGAUGAUUGGGAUGAUGGGGAUGAUGGGGGUGAUGUGGAUGAUGGAGAUGAUGUGGAUGAUGGAGAUGAUGGAGAUGAUGGGGAUGAUGGAGAUGAUGGGGGUGAUGAGGAUUGA